UAAAGCGCGGCCACCUGCCCGGCCGCUCCUCCCGCCGCCGCCUGUGCCCUCUGCGCCCGGACCGCUGCCCGGACCGCUGCCCGGACCAGAGCCCGGAGCCCGGACCGGAGCCCGGACCGCUGCCCGGACCGGAGCCCGGACCGGAGCCCCGGGCGCAGACCCGAGCAUCUGCCGGGACCCGGAGCCCGGAGCCCGCUGCCCGGACCGGAGCCCCGACCCGAGCCCGGGGCGCACACGGAGCCGCGUGGCGGGCGGACAUGGGCGGCCGCACCCGGGCGGGCUGGGCGGCCGCGGCGCUGGGCGGCCUCGGGCUGCUGUGCGCGCUGCUGGGUGCCGUGAUGAUCGUGGCGGUGCCGCCCUUCAUGCGGCAGCAGGUCCUCAAGAACGUGCGCAUCGACCCCAGCAGCCUGACCUUCAAAGUGUGGAAGGACCUGCCGGUGCCCUUCUACCUCUCCAUCUACCUGUUCGACGUGCUCAACCCCAAGGAGGUGCUGGUGGGCCGCCAGCCGCAGGUGCGGGAGCUCGGGCCCUACGUGUACAGGGAGUUCCGGCACAAGAGCAACAUCACCUUCAACGACAACGACACCGUGUCCUUCCGGGAGUACCGCCACUUCCAGUUCCAGCCGCACAUGUCCCGCGGCUCGGAGAGCGACUACGUCAGCAUGCCCAACGUCCUGAUGAUGAGCUCGGCCAUGAUGGCGGAGAAGAAGUCGAUGGCGCUGAAGAUGCUGAUGACCUUGGGCUUCUCCAGCCUGGGCCAGCAUGCCUUCAUGAACCGCACGGUGGGCGAGGUCAUUUGGGGCUACAGCGACCCCCUCAUCAGCCUCAUCAACCACAUCCUGCCGGGCAUGCUGCCGCUCAAGGACAAGUUCGGGCUGUUCGCGGAGUUUAACAACUCCGACUCCGGGCUCUUCACCGUGUUCACCGGCGUCAAAGACUUCAGCCGCGUCCACCUCGUGGACAAGUGGAACGGGAUCAGCAAGGUCAACUACUGGCACUCGGACCAGUGUAACAUGAUCAACGGCACGUCCGGGCAGAUGUGGGCGCCGUUCAUGACUCCCAAGACGGACGUGGAGUUCUUCAGCCCCGAGGCCUGCCGGUCCAUGAAGCUCAUCUACCAGGAGGCCGGGGCGUACGAGGGCAUCCCCACCUUCCGCUUCAAGGCCCCCGACACCCUGUUUGCCAACGGGUCCGUCUACCCGCCCAACGAGGGCUUCUGCCCGUGCCUGAAGAAUGGCAUCCAGAACGUCAGCACCUGCAAGUUCAACGCGCCCCUGUUCAUCUCGCACCCGCACUUCUACAAUGCGGACCCCUCCCUGGCCGAGGCCGUGCAGGGCCUGCACCCCAGCGAGAAGGAGCACUCCCUGUUCCUGGACGUGCACCCGGUCACGGGGAUCCCCAUGAACUGCUCGGUGAAGCUGCAGGUCAGCCUGUACAUGAAGGCCAUCCAGGGCAUCGGGCAGACCAGGCAGAUCGCGCCCGUGGUGAUGCCCCUGGUGUGGUUCGAGGAGAGAGGGUCCAUGGAGGGCGAGCCGCUGCAGGCGUUCUACCGGCAGCUGGUGCUGUUGCCCAAGGCGCUGCACUACGGCCAGUUCGUGCUCCUGGCGCUCGGCGGCCUCCUGCUGCUGGUCCCCAUCGUCUACCAGAUCCGCACCCAGGGUCCCCGAGACACGGAGAGCCAGCCCAGCCCCGGGGACACCGAGAGCCAGCCCAGCCCCGCGGCCCCGCCGGCCUGGCUGCCCAGCCCCCGCGCCCCCCUUCUCCAGGCGCCCCUCGGCGGGCAGCCGGCCGGCCCCGGCGCCUAGUGCACACGUGUGACCGAGCCCUGCGCCCCACCUCAUGGACACCUAACGUCCGUGUGCACAGCGCGUCACACACACUCAGGGACGGGAUGCCGCCGAGGGACGCCCAGAGCAGCUCACCAGCAGAACCUCCUGUUCUGGAACCUUCUCUCCAAGGCAGCCGUGGGCGUGUGGGCGGGCCCGUCAGCCUCGGGGCCACGGCCCCUGAGCCCGCCCACAGGCCCGCGUGGCGGCUCCCGGCGGACGGGGCUCCUCGCACACUUCUGGUGCCAAAGCCGGUGGAAGGGCCGCGGGCACAGCCUCCCCCGGCCUCCGAGCCCCUCCCCGGUGAGACGAGUGGAGCUGCGAUCCUGAGCCGGCCCUGGGGGUGGCCCUGCCAGCCGCCCACCAGGGCCCAUCUUGGGGCCGGCCCUGGGGGGGGGCCGGGGGCCUGUCCGCUCGGCUCCCCCCUGCCCCCACGGCCUCUCUUUUCUACGGGAAGAAAAAUGAGCUUUGUCGUCUUUUUAAAAGAACCCGCCGAUGAAGUAAUAAACCUUUUAAAA